CUCUCGCCCGGCCCUUUGGCUAUAGCUAGCAGCUGGUAUCCAGCAGUAGCUUCGCAGCAGCAACGACGGCGAGAGCUCGACCGGGUGCAGUUGGACAGGGAGCUGCCAUCAUCAUGCAAGGGGACAAGGCGGAGAAGAAGGGGAAGGUGAAGAAGGGGUGGCUUGCGGUGCAGGUCGGCCAGGCGGAGCAGCAGGGCGACGGGUUCCGGCGGUUCGUCAUCCCCAUCGCCUACCUCUACCACCCGCUCUUCCAGCGGCUGCUGGAGGCGGCGCGGGACACGUACGGCUACGAUUCGGCCGGCCCGCUCUGGCUGCCCUGCUCCGUCGACGAGUUCCUCCGCCUGCGCGCGCUCGUCGACCGGGAGACGGCGCACUCCCACUCCUCCUCCUCGCACCGCGUGCACGUGAACGCCGGCGGCCACCAGCAGCACGGCUGUUCUUUCGCCCCGUGCACCCGCGCCGAAACCACGUCCUGAUCGACCCACAUCGACAUCGAUUCAUGGCCCGUCGGCUCUCGUCUGUAGAGCACCAGAGCGCUCGAGCGGCGGGAGUCCACCUGCCUGCCGGAGACGACACUCACACGUGCACACGUACCCGUACAUAGAGAAGCAGAGAGAUUCCAUUUACGGAGAGGCAUCAGAGGAAGUCAGUAGGUGAUUAAUUAGUCAGUUGUCGGUGAUUGGUCCUUUUUGCGUUGAUCGGUAUCAGCUGGUCUGACGAGACCAGUAGGUUUAUGGAUAUUAUUUUCUAGGAUUAACAAGAUUAAUGUUGUCAAGAGAUGAAAAGGAUGAAGGGCAAAUCUAAUUAACAGCGCCGCAUCUCGGCAUCACCGUGUUGCACCUGCGCAAGCAUGCAUUGUGUUCUCUUUCAUGCAUGCAUACAUGCAAUAAUUCAUCUUUCAAUGAUUGGAAUUUAAAAA